CCUUCUCUCUCUCUCUCUCUCUCUCUCUCUCUCUCUCUCAUAUAAUUUCUUCAUACAAGAUCACAAUCUCCGCAAUCUUUGGUUGCUUAUGAAAACUCGCUCUCUCUCUCUCUCUCUCUCUCUCUCUCUCUCUCUCUCUCUCUCUCUCUGGCAGUGCAGAUUCCUCUCUUAGGCUCUUAGCUCUUCCCUUUCCAGAUAACAACCAGAUGGGAUCCUUUCAAAUACCAACGCGAAUGCGAAGCUCCGCAUUGCUAGAAACAUCAUGUGGAUAUUUGCUUCAAGAAUUGCAGAUCAUAUGGGAUGAAGUUGGUGAAGAUCAGUUUGAAAGGGAAAAGGUUCUACUAGACCUGGAGCAAGAGUGUCUAGAGGUUUACAGAAGAAAAGUUGACAGCGCCAACAUUUCAAGAGCUCGCCUUCAUCAGGAGUUGGCCGAAUCAGAAGCUGAAUUUACACACCUUCUUUUGUCCCUCGGUGAACGAUCACUCCCUGGACGGCCAGAGAAAAUGACUGGAACACUGAAGGAGCAACUAGAUUCGAUUACCCCAGCUCUGCGGGAGAUGCAAUUGAGGAAAGAAGAGAGGGUAAAGCAAUUCCAAGCUGUGCAAAACCAAAUACAGAGAAUUUCUGCAGAAAUAGCAGGUCAAUCACAAUGCGACGAACAGCCAUCCAAAAUCACAGUAAAUGAGAAUGAUCUUUCCCAGAAGAAACUUGAGGAGUAUCAAACUGAGCUACAGAGACUUCAUAAAGAGAAGAAUGACAGACUCCAAAGAUUGGAAAAAUAUAUGAGCACAGUCCAGAAUCUGACUGCUACAUUGGGAAUGGAUUCGUCAACGAUCAUCACAAAAGUUCACCCAAGCUUAAAUGCAUUAUCUGGAUUGUCAAAGAACAUAAGUGACAGUAUUUUAGCUAAGCUAAACAGCACAGUGGAGUCCCUGGAAGACGAAAAGCGCAUGCGACUUGAGAAGCUUCACCAUCUCGGUAAAGUGUUAACAAACUUGUGGAAUCUAAUGGACACACCUUAUGAAGACCGGCAAUUGUUCUCCCAUAUCACUGGUUUACUGUCAGUUUCAUCAGCUGAGAUAUCCACUCCUGGAAUACUAACUCAUGAUAUAAUACAGCAGGCUGAAGCUGAAGUCAAGAGAAUAGAUCAAUUGAAAGCAAGCAAGAUGAAAGAGCUUUUCCUCAAGAAACAAUUUGAACUUGAGGAGAUAUGCCAUGGAUCGCACAUGGAGAUCCCUUCGCGAUCCGAGAUGGAUAAUAUCAUAAACCUAAUAAACUCUGGGGAGAUUGAUUAUGCUCAUCUCCUCAUGAGCAUGGAUGACCAAAUAUCCAAAGCAAAAGAUGAAGCUUCUAGCAGAAAGGUUAUAAUGGAGAAGGUGGAAAAAUGGAUGUCCGCAUGUGAAGAGGAGAGAUGGCUGGAAGAAUAUAGCAGGGACGAGAAUCGAUAUUCAGUCAGUAGAGGUGCUCACAAGAAUCUGAGGCGCGCAGAACGUGCCCGAAUAAUGGUGAACAAAAUACCUGCUUUGGUGGAUUCACUGAUAGCCAAGACCAAAGACUGGGAAGGCGAAAGAAAUAAAACCUUCUUAUAUGACAAGGUACCUCUGCUGGCAAUGAUGGAAGAGUACAAUAUGUUAAGGAACGAAAAGGAAAAAGAGAAGCAAAGACAAAGGGAAAAGAAGAAAGUUCAGAGUCAAGUAGUAGUUGGGCAAGAAAAUUUAUUUGGACCAAGGCCAAGCACCAGCAGUCGACGUCUUUCAAACAUGAGCUCAAUUGGAGGUUUUAGCAAUGCUACUCCUCUAAACAGAAGGAUUUCUCUGGGUAUACAGCAGCUCGGAUCAAAUAACAUCAACUCAGUGACACAAGGUAUAUCAUUCAUAAAAGAAGGGAAAAAAGCACACCGACAAAAGAGAUUUGCACUAACUGGCCUUGCUUCUCAUUUGAUAGAAGACACAGCUUCAGUUGUCUCAACCUAUUCUGGACCAUUUUCACCUUGAUUUUCAGGUAAUACAUACAGGGCCUGAUUAUGAUGAAAAUUCAGGGAAUACGAGAAACAUCCCAUACUAUAACUCAGUUGUGAUGUGAGUUCAAUAAAUUGUUGUGUAAUUUAUGUCCAGUGUGUUUAGAGUUAAUAGCAGUCACUUUCUCGAAGCAAUGUUGAAGGGUUGGUCUGUAUCCAAAUCACUGCUCGCAUGUUUUGCAUGGGCAGGAGGAAUAAGAUUGCAUAUCCAAAUUAUGUCUGUAAAGAACCUGACCUCCAACCUCAAGGGAUCUGUGGAAGGAAAUUCAAAUAAAACAAUCUUUUGUGCAGAA